AUGGGCCCAACUCUCAACAGUAUCGCGUCUUCUCUGCAGAGAAGUGGAACAUGGAUCAAUUCUUUAAUUGCUGCUUUGACUCUUGGCGGGCAGCAGCUCUUCUCCUCUUUCACAUUCAGAUGUCCGUGUCAGGUUGGGAAAAACUUCUACUAUGGUUCUGCUUUCCUAGUCAUUCCUGCCUUGAUCCUGCUGGCUGCUGGCUAUGCUCUGAGAAGCCAGAUGUGGACAAUUUCGAGGGAGUACUGCUGCCACUGUGGCCCUCCACCCCGGAGAAUCGGCCUCCUGGAGCGCAAGCUGGCUUGCCUCCGGUUCUUCAGCAUCACCGGCAGGGCACUCGUUGCUCCAUUGACGUGGCUGGUGUCCACCCUGAUGACGGGCACCUACUACGAAUGCGCAGCGAGUGAAUUUGUGACUGUGGACCCUUACCCGGUGUUUGACAACAUCAGUGCCAGCAAACGGGAAGAGAUCUUGGCUGGGUUUCCAUGCUGCAAAUCAGCUCCAUCUGACAUGGUCCCGGUGAGAGACGAAGUAGCUCUUCUGCACAGAUACCAGUCACAAAUGCUGGGCUGGAUUUUGAUCACCUUGGCGACCAUCACGACCCUCGUGUCCUGCUGCUUGGCGAGGUGCUGCUCUCCCCUCACCUCUCUGCAGCACUGCUACUGGGCCAACCACCUCCGCAAUGAGAAGGAGCUCUUUGAGCAAGCUGCCGAGCAGCACUCACGCCUCCUCAUCACGCAGCGCCUGAGGAAGCUAUUUGGCUUUGUUCCUGGAAAUGAAGAUGUCAAGCACAUCCGCAUUCCUUCGUGUCAGGACUGGAGAGACAUUUCAGCACCCAGUCUCCUCUGUGUGGGCGAUGACUUGCAAGGUCACUAUAGCUUCCUUGGAGGCCAGGUGGAUGAGGCUAAUGAGGAAAGCGCAGCAGGAGGUAUUGAAUUAAAACCUUGA